AUGGAGGAGACGCCGUCUGCUCCGUCGGUCUUCACGCCUCUUGAACCGCUCUGGGAACAGCAGGCCUCGGCUCCGUACCCGCCAGGCGCCUUUCUCGAUCUUUCUUCCACGGAGUGGUUGAAUCAAUCUCUCCCGAGUGAAGUCCUCCAACAUCUAGGAGACGGCCACGCAAUCCAAUACGUCGUAAACGCCUACUUCACCACAAUCCACACCUGGCUCCCCAUCGUCUCCAAGAAACGCAUGAACAUGGGUGUCUCCCUCAGCCAGGGCGGGCCGGACCUGGCCAUGCUCUUCCUCGCCAUGGAGCUUAUAGCCACCCGCCCGACAGAUGUCCUUGCGGGUUCCCAGCACAUGGCAAUCUACCACGCCGCGAAACGCUUCAUGUCCCUGCUGGAGCAAAGCGGCGCCACCUCCGUCAUGGUCCUGCAAUCCAUGACACUCAUCGCAUACUUUGAGUACGCGCACGCCCUAUACCCGGCCGCGUGGAUCACCGUCGCCGCGUGCGUGCGGUAUGCCGAUUUCCUCGGUCUAUCUGGUUUUCACGAGGGGAACGUUAUCUUGGCUUCACCUACAACGUGGACGGAGCUCGAGGAGCGCUCGCGGACAUGGUGGGCCAUCAUCAGCCUCGACCGCAUCAUCUGCCUCGGCAACAAGAAGCGCUACCUCUCCCCCGAGCCGCAAGACAACGAGACGUACCCCGUAGACGACGAGGCAUGGGACGAAGGCCGCGUCGGCCGCGCAGCCCACCACAACAUCACCUCCCCGCCCCCCUCCCCACCCUCACCCUUCUCCUCCCUCUGCCGCUCCACCCUCAUCGCCGGCAAAAUAAUAACCCACGUCCGCAAAGCCACCUCGGACCGCAAACAGAACCCGCUCGCCUUGCCCGCCGACGCCAUCGCCGAGGCAAACGCCCUGUCAGAAACGCUCUUCUCGACCCUGGAAACUGAAAGGGAUGGUGAUGAUGACAUGAACAUGAACGGUAACGGUCUUCAUAACCGCCAUGAAGGGCAAAGCGGUGGCAGUGAUAUCGGAAGCGUGAGCUCGCUGAUCUUGGACGCGCUCUACGGCGCCGCGAAUACCCUCGCCUGGCUGCUGCGAGAGGAAGGGACGCUCGAGUGCGAGGACGAGAUGAACGUCAUCAAGCGGUGCUUGGAGAGGCUUAGCUCGCGGUGGAGGUUGGCGGGGGAGUAUGGGCGGAUGCUGGAGCAGCAGGAUUUUGCGAUGAUGAUGCAGGAUAAGGGGCACUCGACACUGCGGAUUAUUUGA